AUGGGGUAUGGCAGUGAUCAUGGUGCUGGUAUGGGGUAUGGUGGUGAUCAGGAUGCUGGGUAUGGGGUAUGGUGGUGAUCAGGAUGCUGGUAAUGGCAGUUGGUGGUGAUCAGGAUGCUGGUAUGGGGGUAUGGUGGUGAUCAGGAUGCUGGUAUGGCAGUUGGCGGUGAUCAGGACGCUGGUAUGGGGUAUGGCGGUGAUCAGGGUGCUGGUAUAGGGUAUGGUGGUGAUCAGGACGCUGGUAUGGGGUAUGGCGGUGAUCAGGAUGCUGGUAUGAGGUAUGGUGGUGAUCAGGAUGCUGGUAUGAGGGGGUGAUGGUGGUGAUCAGGAUGCUGGUAUGGGGUAUGGCGGUGAUCAGGACGCUGGUAUGGGGUAUGGCGGAGAUCAGGAUGCUGGUAUGGGGUAUGGUGGUGAUCAGGAUGCUGGUAUGGGGUAUGGCUGUGAUCAGGAUGCUGGUAUGGGGUAUGGUGGUGAUCAAGGAUGCUGGUAUGAGGUAUGGCGGUGAUCAGGAUGCUGGUAUGAGGUAUGGCGGUGAUCAGGACGCUGGUAUGGGGUAUGGCGGUGAUCAUGGUGCUGGUAUGAGGUAUGGCUGUGAU